CGAUGAGUUUAGUUUUGAAAACAAAGGGCCGCCCGCCGUAUACCGUGGUGCGUCGUCACACGGCUUGCGCUUAAAGAAAAGCGGAAGCGCCUCCGCGAGUGCGGCGCAAAACGGCGGACGAGGAUUAAAACGCCGUGUGUUGUGAGACAAGUCGUGUACUACGAUUUCAACGGUCUUUCCGUCCCUCAUUCGUUUCAGCUGUUUAUUCGUACGUCCGUCCGUCACUCUCAUUCUCUCCUGUGUGCUUCUACCUAUACAGAUAUAUUAAAUAUCUAUAAAAAUAUUUAUCCUGUUUAUCCUCUCUCUUUCUCUCUCUUCCUCUCUCUCCUGACCGACCCCGAAAUUUCCCGUGACACUCUUCCUUCGUGUCAUCGUUGGAAACGUGAUCAACACAAAAAAAUGGACGCACUUCGGGAGCAGGUGAUGAUCAAUCAGUUUGUGUUGGCCGCGGGCUGUGCCAGGGAGCAGGCAAAGCAAUUGCUGCAGGCAGCACAUUGGCAGUUUGAGACCGCUCUCAGUAUUUUCUUCCAAGAGGCGGCGAUACCCUCCUGCGCGCAAGGAGCCGGCACUCACUUCGGCCAAAUUACACCAUGCAACACGCCAGCAACUCCGCCGAAUUUCCCGGACGCGUUGCUGGCGUUUUCCAAAAUGUCUGCAGGUGAAAAAACUCCAUCGGGUAUGUCUCCGAGCCAGAAUGGAUUUCAGGCGAAUUCGACACCGAUGGCGGGCAUCGUGCAGCAUCAUACCGCCGGUGGCCGGUGUAGUGCAUCCGGCAACACGACACAGCAACAGACACAACCUCAACAAACGCAAUUCGGCCUGGGCGAGCCACAAAGAUAAAAAUGACUGUGCUAAUUGGCGAUGCGCAAGCACGAAACGUCACGUAGAUACGCGCGAUAACGUUUCCGGAGAACAAAAUAUUGCGCUCUAAGCAUGAAACGAAAAAGAGAGAGGGAAGUGAAAAAUGUGUAUACGGAAAAGAGGAAACUAUGUUUUCUGAGAAAAUGCAUCCUUCCCGGAAGAGAAUAAGGGACAUUCUCGAACAUCGCAGCGACUAUACGGAAGGUAUCUUCUGCAGAUCAGAACUGGAAUUAUUGAAUCGUUACGUUAUUCACGCACAAUAAGCGAAGCGUGCAUUGUGUUACGUGCGAAUGCGUGAAUAAGUCUGAGUGUUAAUUUCCCCGGCGAUGCCCGAGAGAAUGUGAUACGAUAUUUCGAUGACUAGAUUUCCUUCUCGGCUUCCUCGAGAGAUCUAACGUAGAACGGUACGUUGAGUAUAGUCCUCUAUAUCUAUAUAUAUAGUGGCACAAAAAACGCGAGAGAGGGAGAAGGGACGAAAAUCAUAUCAAAGAGCCUUCUUUUUUUCUCUGACACGUCGGGACCACCUCAUAGGUCCAAAACGGUCGAGGACAUCGACAACUUGGAAUAGACGCACUAUGAGAACGGCUCCUUCACUCCAAUCUGACUUCCUUGUCUCCUUAGACGCUGUAGACACGCGACUGUUUCUCAAAUUCACUGUACAUCACCGUUAGACUAGGCGAUGGAUUCCUACUAUCACUUCCACACCACAGUACAAAAGAGUUGCGAGGUACAGUUUCCUCGAUUACUUGAAAACUUACUCUUUAUCGCACAUUUUCGCGGAAGAUAUGACGGGAGAUUGUACGUAUCUUUAAUGUAGAUGGACCGACAUCGUUACUGUACGAUGACUCGGCAGACAUUUAUUUAACCGUGGAACUCGAGUGUUUUAUUACGAUUCUUUCGCUGUUCUCUUAAAAUAGUGAUGCUUACGGUACGCGUUAUUUGGGUAACGCAUCCCGUUUCCAUAUACAUAAGCGAUAUUUCGAUGGUAUAAAUAUACGAGGCUAAGUAUAAUAAACAAAGUUCUAACGUGUAAAAAUUUGUAAAAAGAAUAUCUCGAGUUAUGU